ACACAGAUGAAACUUCACCAGUAUUAAAAUUAAAAUAUUAAAAUAUGCCAUGGUCGUUUUAUUGCUUAUUUAUAAGUAGAAAACAAAUCAAAAACAAUACCAUACCGAUUUUUUUUUUCCAAUAUCGAAAAAAUGACUGACAAAAGACAAGUGAAUCGGUGAAUCAAAACAUGGUGUCGAAUUCCAUCGGUUCAGAAGAAUCGAAUAAGUACGAAGUGAGUCGUGAAGUCAAUCAGCACUGCGCAUGCGCAGAGAGGCGGCAUUCUGGCUUUUUCUGCGCCGACACAGCGCUUCUGUUCUCAGUGUAUCUACGCGUCCUUAUCGUGUGUAAGUGUCUGUGAGUCCCGGUAAGGAGAUGGCACUAGGUGUGUGUUUACGGUGUGAGCGUCUCGGGCGCUGUGUGCGGAGAGGAGCGACAUGACCGGCGGCAGCAGCAGCAGCAGCAGCAGAAGGAGCCGCGGGUCCGGAGCUGAGACGCGGCCGAGCUUCGUGCCCGUGCUGCUCGCUCACAGCGCGCUGAUCGCCGCGUGCGCGCUCUGCUACUCCAACUCGCUAUGGGGGGAGUUCGUGCACGACGAUGUAUGGGCCAUAGUGAACAAUCCGGACGUGAGGCCCGGCUCCAGCAUGCGCAGCAUCUUCACCAACGACUUCUGGGGCAAACGGAUGGCCGACAACACGAGCCACAAGUCUUACCGUCCGCUCUGCGUGCUCACCUUCAAGAUGAACAUUGUACUGGGUGGCAUGACUCCGUUUUAUUUCCACGUGGUAAACGUGUGCCUGCACUGCGCCGUCACUGCCCUUCUGAUGCACACGUGCAAACAUUACGUGUUCAGAGACGCACGUCUGGCCUUCCUCACUGCGCUUCUCUUCGCCGUUCAUCCAAUCCACACCGAAGCAGUGUCAGGAAUUGUUGGGAGAGCAGAUGUUCUGGCCUGUAUGUUGUUUCUUUUAGCCUUUCUCUCCUAUAUUAGGAGUGUGUCAGCGUGCAGCGAGUCCGACUGCUUCCCUUCCAUGGCGUCUCCGUGCUCUCUGGCGCUCUGUGUGCUCCUGGGCACCAGCUCCAUGCUGGUUAAAGAGACUGGUGUCACCGUGUUCGGCGUGUGUGUGCUGUACGACGGCCUGGUGCUCUGCCGCAAACCUCUCGUCUCGCAUCUCUCUCGGUUCAGGCUGAAGGAGCUUAUCCGAAUCUCUUGGCCCUUUAUCAGACGAACAUGUGUGAUCUCUGUGUAUGUGAUAUUCAUCCUCUGUGCUCGCCUGUGGGUCAUGGGAGGUUCCAUGCCCCUUUUCUCAGAGCAAGACAAUCCAGCAUCUUUCUCACCUUUCCUCCUCACCAGGUUCCUCACUUACUGCUAUCUCCUGGCCUUUAAUGCAUGGCUGUUACUGGCUCCUAUAGUUCUGUGCUAUGAUUGGCAGGUGGGCAGCAUCCCUUUAGUGGAGUCUCUGUGGGACUUGCGCAACAUGGCUGCUGUGAUGUUGGCACUGGGACUGCUUGCUCUCUGCUUGCACUGUGUUACAUCACUACAGAAGAUGGAAGGCAGGGAGGUGCUGGUGGGAAUAUUGUUCCUGGUCUUCCCUUUUAUCCCUGCCACUAAUCUGUUCUUCCGUGUGGGAUUUGUGGUGGCCGAGAGAGUUCUCUACAUGCCCAGUAUGGGUUACUGCAUCCUGGUGGUGCAUGGGCUGAACCGGCUGUGUGCCGUGUUGAGUCGUUUGGGUGCAGCGGCGCUCACCGUCUCCAUGCUGCUGCUCAUCCUCCUCUUCUCCUGGAAAACCGUGCAGCAAAACGAGAUCUGGCUCUCUCGAGAAGCACUCUUUAGGUCUGGUAUUCAAACAUUACCUCACAAUGCAAAAGUUCAUUACAACUACGCCAACUUCCUGAAGGACAAAGGACAAAACCAGGCCGCUAUUCACCACUAUAAAACAGCUCUGAGGCUGUACCCUCGGCAUGCCAGUGCCAUGAAUAACCUGGGCACAUUGACUCAUGACACAAAGGAAGCAGAGCUCUACUAUUGGAAAGCACUUGAUAUUAACCCCCAACACAACCGUGCACUCUUCAACCUGGGCAACCUUCUCAAGUCUCAGGGGAAGGAGGAAAAAGCUGAGCACAUGCUAAAGGAAUCGAUUCGCUUCGGGCCACAGUUUGCUGACGCAUACUCCAGUUUAGCAUCUCUCUACGCUGACCAGCGGUUUGCAGAAGCGAAUGAUAUUUACACAAAGGGCAUCGAGAAUUGUCCUGACAGUUCUGACCUCCACAAUAACUAUGGAGUGUUCCUGGUGGACACAGGUGAUGGCGAACGAGCGGCCGAUCAUUACCAGCAUGCCGUGCAGCUGAAGCCCUCUCACUACGUUGCCAUGGUGAAUCUGGCCCGUCUGCUGCGCUCCUCUAACGACAGCAAAGAGGCAGAGAUCUGGUAUAAACGGGCGCUGCAGGUGGUACGUAAGGUGGAUAUCCUGACUCCUCUGGGAGCGCUGUACUAUAACACGGGCCGCUAUGAGGAGGCUCUUCAGGUGUACCGUGAGGCCUCGUCUCUGCAGCCGAACAACCAGGACAUCUGGCUCGCUCUGGCUCAGGUGUUGGCGAUGGCAGGACGUGCAAAAGAAGCCGAGAAAAUGACUUUGGGCAUCAUUUCGAAAAGUAACAGCUGUAUAGAGUGUUACCGCCUGCUGUCUGCUAUAUACAGCAAGCAGGGAAACCACACUGAGGCAUUGGAUGCUUUAGACAGAGCGCUGCAGCAGGAGCCGAUGGACAUGGCAGUGAAAGCAGAGCUGCAUUUCUCCAUAGGCAACCAGCUCAGAGAGAUGAAUGAGUUAGACAGAGCCUUUGAGAGCUACAAGCUCGCUGUUGCACUCAAGCCUGACCAGUCACAAGCCUGGAUGAACAUGGGUGGCAUACAGCAUAUAAAGGGAGACUAUAAAGCAGCAAGAACAUACUACCAAAGAGCUCUCCUGCUCUCUCCUGGCUCCAAGCUGCUUAAGGAGAACCUGGCCAAGCUGGACAGACUGGAGAAGAAACUACAAGGAGGAUAAGAAGAGCCUUUAAAACACAGUCAGGAGAUUACUUUACUGAGGGAUUGCAGAGUCAAUCCACACACACACACACACACACACACACACACACACACACACACACACACACACACACACACACACACACACACACACACAGAUCCUGAGCUGACUUUCAAAAGCGCCUGCUGUAAUCAAUGGUGCUGAAAGGAAACAGGAGGUGUACCGUGUAAAAGGAGAUCCAGGGUUAAUGUCAAGGAUCCAUGCUGCAGUAGUGCGACAGAGCUCAGCAUAUAGUACAUCGACUCGUCUUAUGUUUAGCUUUAUCUGAUCUCUUUUCAGAAGUGAGAACAUCUUAAAGAUCCCUUGCAAAAACAUGUAUUUUAUUCACUCUGGUUCAGCAACUUCAGAUGGACCAGACUGGACAGGACAGGACAGGACCGGACAGGACAGGACAGGACCGGACCGGACAGGACCGGACCAAACAGACAGUACUGGAUUGCUCUUGAAAUGUGUUCUGUGAACAUGACGACAUUCUCCGCUUGACGCAGAAAGAUUGGGAAGCUUUUCUUUUCCCAUGUUUUGCUUUGUGUACAAUUUUUAUCCAUGAUUGUAUGAGUGACAUUGAAUUACGUGUGUAAAGUUGCAGGAAUGUCACCCAAGUAAAUGAGUCAUUUUUUUUUCUUAUUCCAAAAGUUUUUGUGAAUAUAGAAAUGCCCAAAACGACAAACAUCACAGAACUCUAUAUGAUUUACGAUGAUGAUUUAUGAUUACGUAUCAGGCUCUUUUCAUUUUGCCUUUCAAACGAAGACAAAUGUUUAAGUGCUUUUUGAUGCUCAUGUUUUCUCCAUGUUGACUUGUGAUCAGAAUUUCAUGAACAUUUCCUUCAUAUUCUUCAGCUGUCAUGAAAAAGCUUCAGCACUGCAGUGUGUUUCAUGUCAUUACCAAAUCCCGUGUGAAAUUAUAUUCCUUUAUUUAAUAAAGAAAAUCCAAACCGUAUCAUUUCUGAAGGCUUG